AUGUCCCGCGACCACAAUUUCGACACAGACACUGCAUCCAACUCGUCGUCAAACAGCUCUUCUGAGGAUGAGGACGAGGUGAACCGUCGUAUAUGUCCGGAUUGGGAGCGCCACCGCGAAAUCAUUGAGCAGCGAGGGUUUCAUCUGGACACAGUACGAGACGUGAAGCAUUUUUAUGAAGUGUACUGGGGUGAGGAGGGAACAAAGCAUUGCGCAGAAUAUUCUCGCAUAUGCAAUCUUCCUGACGACUCCGCGCUGUGCAAGGAUCCAGGUCUCCAUGACAAUCUUUUCCGGGGACGUCGGGUUAAGGAUGGAACGAGGAUCAUGGUAAAGGCGGUUCAUCUCCGUAGCCGUGAAUUGGAUGUCACCCGAUUUCUUUCCUCGCCCCCGCUGAGAAGUAACACGAUGAAUCAUUGCAUUCCUGUCCUUGAUCUCAUAGAGAUUCGCGCUCAUGACAUGGCCUUUAUUGUGAUGGAGGAGUGGUCAUCUCAGCUUAUUCCGGAUGCUCCAUGUUGCUUAAGACUGUUUUUGAUGGCUGUCCGCUCCUGUAUUGAGCACAUCGCCUUCAUGCACCUCCACGGAAUUGCUCAUCUCGACAUUUCGCUGCGGAACCUUGUGACGGAUUAUCAAGGUCACUAUGCGUGCAUCGAUUUUGAGUUGAGCAGACGCUAUGGACCACUUGACCGACCUCGAAUUCAAGGCGUACGAGGAACAGAACUCCCUCCGGAACUAGAACGAGGUGAAUCAAGUGACCCGUUCAAAGUAGAUGUCUGGGCACUAGGCGCAGUGAUCAUCAAAGCCUGCCAAUUGACAGGCUAUAUUCUUCCAGAGCUGAUCAUCAUCACCAAUUCGAUGCUCCAUGAGGAGCAGCGCCGCCGACCAGCCGCCAUGGACGUUUUGAAAUCAUUUGACAAAAUGAUCACAAAUAUAGGAGACCAACAAUGGCAUGACUGUUCGAAGCGAACAGUGCACCAAGUUUAG